AUUUUCUUAUCAGAUAGUUGAUAUUUACAUUUCAAUUUAUGUGAAUACAUAAGUUUGAUUUAAAAAAGUAUUUUACCUUGUAUUUACAAAUAUUAUAUUUUAGUUAACUCCAAAAGUGCUAUCAAGUUUGAGGAAAUACAACUCUGAAGUUAAUAUGAGUAAGUAUUCGAGUGAUUCAAACUCCCGUGAUCGAAAUAGGAGUUAUAGUCGUUAUAAUAAACGGAGACACAGAAGCCGGUCAUCAAGUUCCUUAUCCUCUAAAGAUGAUUCAAGAUCAUCAAGAAAGCAUUAUUCUAAUAAUCGUAGUUCUAAAAAGUCUAAAAAGAAAUCCAAAUCAAGGUACCGAUCUGAUAGUUCAUCUGACUAUUCUUCUUCAAGACAUAAGCAUUCAAGCUAUUCUCGCAAAAGGGAUGAUAAACGUUCAAAUAAGCACCGUAGAAGUAUAUCUAGUAGUAGUAGUAGUUGUAGUAGUAGUUCACAUUCUUCUGAAAAGUAUAGUUAUAUAAAAAAUUCAAACCCUAAUGAAAAAAGUAAAAAAUCAUGUGGCAUAAAUUCAAACACCUGCGAGGAAGUGGAUAUUAAAUCACAAUCAGUUAAUAAACUACAACAAGAUGUCGAUUGGUUACAAAAUAAUAUUUAUGAUGUCGUAAAAAGAGAAAACUCAAUUGAGCAAAUAAACCAAGAAGGUUUUGUAUUCAAAGUGUUCAAACCACAUUCUGAACAAAAAAAAGAUGAAGAAAACAUGCAAGAUAUUCCAAAAAUACCAGAAGAAAUAAUAAAUAAUUUACCUAUUGAAAAAUCUACUUUUUUAAUUUCAAAUCGGGAUAGACUUUUGCAUUCUAAAUAUAAAUUGCUUACUAAACAAGAAAGGAGUAAUAAUUGGGCAAAAUAUUUGUUUUCAAAUUUCAAACAUGUAGAACACAAUGGAAGUUAUCUAAAUAAACAGCAGUAAAUAAUUGUUCAAAUAUAAUACUAACAAUUGUGUACAGCUUUGUAUUUUAUAUUAUAAUAAGUAAUUUUUUGUUUUUUUACUAGAAUAUAAAAAUGAUAUUUAACUGUA